CUUCAGUCUGCUUUCUUGCUUUCUUUCAAAGAGCACGUGGAACAUUAACAAUUUAUUCUUUCAUGUUAAUGUAGUUUUUUAAAUAUUGGACUGUGUUAAAACCACAACCAAAAAUGGUGGUCAUUGGAAAGAAAAAGUACCAGUCUGGAGAAGGAGCACAGUUUAUGUCAAGGAGAUCUGCUUUGAAGAAAUUGCAGCUUACCUUGAAUGAUUUCCGUCGAUUAUGUAUUUUGAAAGGUAUAUACCCAAGGGAGCCACGCAACCGUAAAAGAGCCCAGAAGGGUGAGCCUGGUAUCAAGACAUUGUAUCACAAGAAGGAUAUUCAAUUUUUAAUGCAUGAACCGAUAAUAUGGAAAAUGAGAGAUUACAAGGUAUUUCACAAAAAAGUGGCCAAAGCCAAAGCUCUGAGAGAAUUUUCAGACAUGAAGAGAUACUUGAGCAAUCAUCCUACUUUGAAAUUGGACCAUAUUGUUAAGGAACGUUAUCCAACAUUUAUUGAUGCUCUGAGAGAUCUAGAUGAUUGUUUGACACUGUGUUUCUUAUUCAGUACAUUUCCAUCUCUUAAACAUAUACCAAGAGAUCAGUCUUUAUUAUGCAGGAGGUUAAGCAUAGAAUUUCUACAUGCUGUAAUUGCUGCUAAGGCUUUACGCAAAGUAUUUGUAUCCAUAAAAGGAUACUAUUACCAAGCUGAAAUUAAGGGGCAAACAAUUACUUGGAUAGUACCACAUCAUUUCUCAUUUGAACCUCAAGCGAAGAACGAAGUUGACUUUAAAAUCAUGUCUAUAUUUGUAGAAUUUUAUAUUAUAAUGUUAGGCUUUGUUAAUUUUAGACUCUACCAUACGCUUAACUUGUAUUAUCCACCAAAACUUACUAGCAGCGAAAACAAUGAAAAAGUUCUUGUAGACGAAGAGGUCUAUGUAGCAGAAAGAAUAAGUGCAUUAAAUGUACCAUUGACAACUCUAGAUCCGACUGUACAGAAUGUAGAAGAUGAAGAGUUGGACAUAGACCAGUUUGCAACUGAUGGCGAUACCACGAAAGUGGAAGAAGCUAAAGUGGAAGCAGAGAAAAUUAAAAAGUUAAAAACAUUGUUCAAAGGUCUAAAAGUUUUUCUGAAUAGAGAGGUACCAAGGGAGCCGUUAGUCUUUGUCUUACGUUGUUUCGGAGCCGAUGUGUCUUGGGAUAAAUUACUGUUUGUUGGAGCAACAUUUGACGAAACUGACGAGACAAUAACUCACCACAUAGUAGACAGACCUAGCAUGACCAAACAGUAUAUUUCCAGGUACUACGUGCAACCGCAAUGGGUUUUCGAUUCCCUUAAUGCCAGAGAGUUGUUGCCCGUGGAAAAGUACUUAAUGGGUUGUGUUCUUCCACCCCAUCUUUCACCGUUCUCGAACAGUCGUCACGAUCAAACGUACAUUCCACCAGAGGCUCGCGCUCUCAUGGACCAUGACUUCAAACUAAACGAUGGAGAAAGUACGUCCGAAGAAGAUGACGAUGACAAAGCAGAUGUUGAGUCCGAGAAUGAAGAUCAAAAAGACGAUGACGAUGUAGAAAGUAAAGAAGAAGACGGUGACGAGGGAACGUCGGCGGCAGAUGACAAGAAAGAACAAAUUCGAUUACAGAAGAAAAAAGAAAUGAAGGUGAAAGCCGGUACGGUAACGAAGGAAAAUCCCUGGGAAAGGAAUCGAGAGGAGAGGCAAGAAUAUCGACUCCGGGAACGAAUGAUCAAGAAGAAGCAUCGUAAUUUGUAUAGAAGUAUGAUGAAGGGCCGCGAGGAGAGAUCCAAGGAAAUAUGGUUGUUGCGGAAGAAGAGGCGCCUGCACGACCAAGCUGAGAAACAAAAGCGCAAGGAGGAACGCAAGCAGAAAAAAAAUACAUCUGCCUAAUGGCCAAAAUGAUGACGAAUUGUAUUAUUUAAACUAUUUCACUGUAUAUACACGAUUUGAACCAGUGUCUUUACAAUUAAGACUUUCUUAAAGUCGAUUGUCGGCACAAGACACAAAUUCUCUACACGCAUUGCAGUGACCUUCCGCCAAUUGUCAUAUCUCUUUUACAAACUCCCUUCUAAUCCUUGGAUAGUGAAAUCUGUUUCAAUACGACACAUUUUGACGGCUGCUGCUAUGACGGAGUUGUGCAGGAAAAAGAGUCUGGAGGUAGCCGCCGCAUAUAUUAAAACUAUUUUUAAGAGUUCACGUACGUCACUCAAAUUGGCGAUGCAUCAAAAAGGUUCCAUUUUAUGAAGAGAGAGAGAGAGGGAGGAAAUAAAAAUAUACAAAUAUUUCAUAAAA